UUUCAUGUAUUCACUGUGACGCUCCACCACCUCGAUAGAUGGCAGUAAGACCAGUAAUAAGCUGAUGUUGCUGCAAUAAGUAGCGACGAAAGACGACGAAGAACCGUAGGAAGAAGAAGACGACGGCGACCAUGUUGAUUUAGCAAGAACAAACACAAUAGAGACCAGUUGGUUAACGGGAGUUUGAGAUUUCGUUGAACUAUACACACGAAAAUUCGAUCAGCAUCGAUAAUAACAUCAAGAUAAGAGUUACAGCAGAGAUAAAAAGGUGACUGAGAUCUGAGUUUCUGGCCUGUUUAGUGGAGGAAACGCGACUCGCUCCUCACCUUGUACACACACACACACACACACACACACACAAACACACACACAUAUAUAUAUAUAUACACACAUGCUAACUGACAUACAAGCGCACACACGCACACAGGUGAAGUCUGUGGAGAACUACUAUUACAAGAAAGACUACAAAGUUUAAGUUUGGGCCGUAUUAACGCAAAGGGAACUCUUGGCGUUUUGGACUACUGUAUCCCAGGAUUGUCUCUGUUUUUGAAGCAUCAGGAAUUUUUGGUAUCAGGAAAUCCACUUGCAGCAUGUCUGCUUGAAAGGAGACGAUUCACAAAUUCACCAAUUCAUUGUCAAUACAAAACAGGAAUAAACAAAGAAAAUCCUUUGCAGUUUUUGAAAAGUUUUGAAAAGCAGGAAAAGACUCUAUAACCAAGAGAGAGCAACAGCUGUUUUGAUGAACUAACUUUAUUUUUUUGGAAAACAGACUGAGGAAAAAGAGAGAUUGAACUGUUUGAGACAAGAACGUGAAUAUUUUUCAGACUCUCUCUUCAGUAUUGCCUUAGCUGUUCUAUUGCAGGAUUUGUACUUUUGUGAAACUUGUCUACAUAUAAUUUUCUAUAUUGUGGUCAGGUCUUCUAUAUUUAUGCAUAUAAAUGCUCAUUUCUCUUCUUUUGGAAGAGCUGGAGUGAAACUUAUUUUUCAUGACGUCAGUUGCUCUUAUUGAAAGAGUCUACACUGUACGUCCACUUGUCUAUAUGUAAAUACUAAAGACACUUCUAAGUAAGUUCGGAUUUAAGAAAUAGAGUGCAUUAUAAAUGCUUUAUUAGCUUUUUUUGGUAUUAAUACUCCACAAAGGGUAUUGGAACCUUACAGAGAGAACAAAAACUUUAAGACAAAGGAGUGAACUGAAAAAAAAAAAAAAGAGAAGGAGGAUUACAAAAGAAAUGGCAACAGCAAGAACAGAAAGCAUGGGCCCUGUGGUGAUGGGUCUGAACAAGCAGAACGGGCAGCUACGAGGACAGACCAAACCUGUCUCCCAGUCAGGACCCCAUGCUGUGAGCACGCCGCCUGGAAAGAUGCCAGCGGGAGGAGGUGCCCAGAAACCAGGGGGUGGCACCCAGGAAGGCGGCAUUAGGUUUGGUGAUGACUGGAAGAAGAGCUUACUGCUCCCCCCCAAAGACACUAGGGUCAGAACAUCUGAUGUGACUUCGACCAAGGGGAAUGAGUUUGAAGACUACUGCCUGAAGCGGGAGCUUCUGAUGGGGAUAUUUGAAAUGGGCUGGGAGAAGCCCUCCCCCAUUCAGGAGGAGAGCAUCCCUAUUGCCCUCUCUGGCCGUGACAUUCUUGCGAGGGCCAAAAACGGGACUGGAAAAAGUGGGGCCUAUCUCAUUCCCCUGCUGGAGAGGAUAGACCUGAAGAAAGACCACAUCCAGGCCGUUGUGAUGGUUCCCACUCGAGAGCUGGCCCUUCAGGUCAGCCAGAUCUCCAUACAGAUCAGCAAGCACCUGGGCGGAGUCAAAGUCAUGGCAACCACCGGCGGAACCAACCUGCGCGAUGACAUCAUGCGCCUGGAUGAGAUUGUUCAUGUCGUCAUCGCAACACCAGGAAGAAUUCUGGACUUGAUUAAAAAGGGUGUGGCCAAAGUGGAUAGAGUUCAGAUGAUGGUCAUGGAUGAAGCAGAUAAACUGCUCUCUCAGGACUUUGUGGUGCUCAUAGAGGAUAUCAUCAGCUUCCUGGACAAGAAACGCCAGAUUCUGCUUUAUUCCGCAACCUUCCCCAUCAGUGUACAGAAGUUCAUGAGCAAACACCUGCAAAAACCUUAUGAAAUCAACCUGAUGGAAGAGCUCACUCUGAAGGGCAUCACCCAGUUUUAUGCCUAUGUCACGGAGAGGCAGAAAGUCCACUGUCUCAACACUCUCUUCUCCAGGCUGCAGAUCAAUCAGUCCAUCAUCUUCUGCAACUCUACCCAGAGGGUCGAGCUGCUUGCCAAAAAGAUCACCCAGCUGGGCUACUCCUGCUUCUACAUCCAUGCCAAGAUGAUGCAGGAGUACAGAAACCGUGUGUUCCAUGACUUUAGGAAUGGGCUCUGUAGGAACCUGGUGUGCACUGACCUGUUCACCAGAGGAAUUGACAUUCAGGCAGUGAAUGUGGUCAUCAACUUCGACUUCCCGAAGAAUGCAGAAACAUACCUGCACCGCAUUGGUCGAUCAGGCCGCUUUGGGCACCUGGGUCUGGCCAUCAACCUGAUCACGUCUGAGGACCGCUUCAACCUGAAGGGCAUCGAGGAGCAGUUGGUGACCGACAUCAAGCCCAUCCCCGGCACCAUUGACAAGAGUCUGUACGUGGCGGAGUACCACUCUGUCUCACCAGGCGGCGAGGAGGAGGAGGAGUCGAGACGUCCUGUGGCCACGCCCAGCCAGCCCUAAAGCAAAGCAAAGCAAUGAUUGGCAGGACCACAGGCUUUGGGCUCACUGGCUUUUGCACAGACGUUUGCUUUUGCACAAAGUUCUUCACACUCCUCUAUUAACUCCUUUUUUCCCCCUUUUCUUUAUUUCUUUCUUUUUUUCCCCCCCUUGGCUUGUUCCCUUCAUUCUUUCGUACCCUCAAUUUUUCCAUUGCCGUGCCAGAUUACGUGAAACGUUUCAUUCUUGUGCACAAAACUGAGUCAUGCAACUCUGGCCCUUUUUAUUUUUUUCCUUUCCUUUUCUAACCUUAAACAUUCCAGAGUCCUUGAGUGACUUGCAAUAAAUAAACAGGACCGAGGGCCUGCAGGAUGAGGUAGAUCACAAGCGUGAGAACGUCAUUGACGUGACCAGGGCUGGCUGUUGCUCUUUCUUAUAUAGCAUUUGGUUUGGAAAAGAGAAGAAGAGAACAAAUUCUGAUUUCUGAGGCGGUUUUAGGAAAUGGAGACGUGGUUCCACCUUCAUACACACGACAUGCAUGAGUGUGCACACUGGUGCGCACAAACACACAUUUCUUUUUGUUUGUUUUGGUGUGUGUCCUUUUAAAGAAGCACACAUUGUAUACACACACAUGCCCUGUCACUUAAGUGCCUUAAUUUCUGACAGGCCAACUGUAGACGUUGAGAUGUUGACGGAAAGAAAUGCUGACUAUCCUAGCUAGCAUCUUUGUGAUGCCCAGAGUUUAGAAGUCUAACCAAGGCAGAACAGUUAAACCUGCUGUGUUCUGUUGAGAGGAAUCCCCUUAUGAUGUGACACUCUGUGUACUGGCAGCCAAUUGGCUUCAAGUUUUAAGUCACACCAAGAUCCAAGGGCAUCGAAACUAUUUUGUUUGGGCUGAAAAUAGGUAGAAAGCACAAAAGCUUAUGGUGCUUUUUUCUUUUAAAGUGAGACCUCAUUCUUUUUUUUUUCUAUUACAGGAGUUCUAAAAGGAUCCACUAUAAAUGUGACUCGGUAGAUUAUCUUUAAGCACCUAUUUGCAAGACUCGUCGGUAAUUAUAAUUAAUGCAAGGUGAUGAGUACUUCCUUUUUUUGUUCUGAAUUGGCGCAGGGUAAUGCGUGACUGGGUGAGGCUUUGGCCUUUUCAUAUUGCCAUUUUGAGCUCUGAAGGACCUGUCUAUGUCUGUUCUCACAGUUAACUAUGCAUUUGGCUGUCGACUCAGCUCCAUGCUUCAUUAAUCUACGAUGCAUAACGGCAACAGUCACACACACAAAUCAGCCCAUCCAUGCUCUUCAAUGUCCUCCUUUAGAAACAUGGCAAUAAUAAUAAUAACUCAAGCCUGCUAGCAUGAUUUCCUGCAUUUUGAGUUCUUUCUUCCUGCUUUUGUGAGAUCAGUUUCAUCAUGGAAAUGGCAAAGAAACAUACAUGACACUUUUUUAUCGACCGCAGUUCAGUUGACUUGUACCAGGCACGUGUGACUUUCUGGCCUGAUGCGUGGGCUUGGAUCUUGUGACCUUGCAGGCUUUUAUAUAUUUUUAUGCAGCGGAGUGCUUUGCAUGCUAGAGUAGAACUUUUGCAGGGCCUGUCAGUCAUUGCAUGAAGUUUAGCUUCACAAGUGGAGUUCCACCCCACACACAGCUGUCAACCAGUCAAUGAGGGUAAGGUUUUAUGCUGUCAGUCAGCUAAUUGGCAUCAUGCUUCUGGUCAGGCUCCUGCGGUGAUUAGAGGCGAUUGGUCAGAGGAGGCUCGUGCUAAGGCAGUUGCUGUUGCUGUUUGAAAUAAGAGCCGCCUGCCUCAGUUUUGUGCACAAAAAUGGCUUGAUUUUUGUUUGCUGAAAAAAAAAUCAAAAAUCUCCCCUUACUU